AUGCACCGCAUCCUCCGCACCACCCCCCGCCGCCUGGCCUCGACACUCUCCGGCUCCAGCCAAAACGACUACACACACUGCGUAAUCGGCGGCGGCGUCGUCGGCCUCGCCGUCGCGCGCCAGCUCGCGGUGCGCCAUCCGGGGACUAGCACGGUGCUGCUGGAGCGGCAUGAGAUGGUUGGGACUGAGACGUCGUCGCGGAACUCGGAGGUUAUCCAUGCGGGACUGUACUAUCCGGCGGGCUCGCUCAAGACGGAGCUGUGUGUGAGGGGCGCGGAAAUGCUCUAUGAGUUGUGUGAGAAGGCGAGGAUCCCGUUUCGGAGGACGGGUAAGCUCAUCCUCGCACAAACCGAGCCCGAGCUCGAAACGCUCAACGCCCUCUACACCCACGCCCUCGACCACUCCAUCCCCCUCCGCUUCCUCUCCGCGCGCGAAGUGCGCGCCCGCGAACCGUCCGUCACCGCGCGCCACGGCGCCCUCGAGUCCCCGCGCACAGGCAUCAUCGACUCCCACGCACUAAUGCAGCACCUGCACGGCGCCCUCGAAGAUGCCGGCGGCGAUGUCGCCCUGCGCUCCCCCGUCACCGCCGUCACCCCGCUCGCCAGCGGCUACCGCAUCGACGUCCCCGGCGGCUCCGUCACCGCCGACGUGGUCGUCAACGCCGCCGGCCUGGGCGCCGUGGGCAUCGCGAACAUGGUGCUCCCGCCGGAGCGCCAAUUGACGGCGUACUACUGCAAGGGCACGUAUUUCGGCUACAGUGGGCGGCCGCUGGGCGUGCGCACGCUGCUGUAUCCGGCGCCCGUCAAGGGGCAUGGCGGGCUGGGGACGCAUCUGACGCUGGAUAUUGCGGGGCGGGUGAGGUUUGGGCCGGAUGUGGAGUGGGUUGGGGGCGCGGAGGACCUGGUGCCGGGGGUUGGGAGGGUGAAGGAGGCGGUGAAGGAGAUUCGCCGCUAUUUGCCCGGGGUCAGGGAGGAGGAGCUGGUGCCGGAUUAUUGUGGGGUGCGGCCGAAGAUCGUGGGGCCGGAGGGAGGCGGGGUGGGGGGUGUGGACUUUGUGGUGAGGGUGGAGGAGGGGAGGGAGGGGUGGGUGAAUUUGUUGGGGAUUGAGAGUCCGGGGUUGACGAGCUCGUUGGCGAUUGCGGAGAGGGUGGAGAGAUUGCUGUAUGGGUAA